CUCACUCACCCUAAUUUGCUAUUUGCUAAUAAUAAAUACAAAACUCAUCUUCUUCUACCACUUACAACCCAACAACUACUACUCUUUGGUUUCCUCCACCACAUGGACACCACACCGGCACCCAAAACCACCCUCCACAUGCCCAUCGGCUACCGCUUUUGCCCAACCGACGAAGAAAUCAUCAUCCAUUACCUCCGUCCCAAAGCCUUCAACCUCCCCUUGCCCGCCACCGCCAUUAUUCACUCCGAUCAUCUCUUCUGCCAUCACCCCUUACACCUGCCAGGUAACUUGAAGGAGAAGAGGUAUUUCUUUUGUAAGCCGAGUUGUGGUAAUGUUUAUGGUUUAAAUCUUGGUGGCUACUGGAAGCCCAUUGUGAAAAAUGGACACACUCAUAGCCAGCUAAUUUUAGCAACCGGGUGUAACCAUCCUAUCGGGUUCAAGAAAUCUUUUGUUUUUUACGAAUUUUCUGACCACCGUAGUAGUAGAUCGGCUGUCAAAACUCCCUGGAUCUUGCACCAGUUCACCCUUCUUUAUCCCUUACCAAUUAAGAUAGAAGAAUGGGUGGUGUGCAGCAUUCACAUGAAGUCUAAAAACAUCAAAAACCAACAUCAGGGUCCGGCUAAAAGGGUCAAGAAAUCUCAAUCUAAAACUGACGAGAUUCGGACGAACGAAGAAAGAAUUAGUCCGGUCGUGAUCGACGAUGAUUCAGCUAGUGGAAUCACUUUCGAUGACGAUUUGAGUGGCCGGAAAGAAGAAGAAAACGAAGAGGAAUCAAGAGUUAAUUAAGAAGUAGUUGGAUUGCUACCUAACUUUUACUGCUCAACUUAAAUUUUUGUAAUUUUAACUUUUUAACAAUUUGAAGGCCAUGAAUUUGAAUUGAGUGAGGAUGUAUGUUGUUAUCA